UUCUGUAUAUUUUGUAUAUAACAAUCUUGUAUAAGAUGAGAGAAGAAAAGUCACUAACCGUUUACAGAAGCGCGUAUGAAAAAAGGGAAAAAUCGCUGCAAUACAUGGUGGAAAAAUAAAAAGUAAACGGAUUGAAUAUGAAUUAAUUAUAAAGAUUACAGUAAAAUUGAGGGAAAUAAAAAAUAGUACAUCAAAAUAAGACUGUUUUUUUGACGAUGAUUCCAUUCAAAAUAAAAUGUAAUAGGUGGUAUCUCCAAUCAAUCGAUUUAGGUACGAGUUUUUCAAUUCAUCAAAAUCUGGAAAGAUAAUUAAAGGAGAAUGUAACAUAAUCUAGCAAAAGGGAUCGAAACGGGCUCCCCAAUCUAUUUUAUAUCAGGCGAACGAGAAUGAAAACGGCAUACAAAUCAAAUGCGGCCACGUGCUGCUGAUAUAACUUCUAUUGAAUGAUAGCAGCACGCAAUCCUGAUGUAACUUGAAGCUUCUGUUGCGUUUGCAAGCUUUUGUUGUAGGGAGAACAGCAUGUUUUACGCUUGCUGGUGGCGUUUUUUAAGUGCAACAAGCCCGAAAAAAUCAAUACCGAAAAUAACUUGUAAGGUAUCCGUCGUUCGAGUGGACAAGCGGUUCGUUUGAACGACACACUAUUUACGUACCAGACGCGUGUGUGAUACGACGUGUGUUACACAGGAUAAGAACAUUCAAAGUCUCGCAAUGCGGUGUUGGGUAGGGUUAAUGUUGCUAGCAGCAAGUGCAUCGUUUCCAGAAAAUAUCGAAGCAGCCACAUUUACGGUAACAUCACAAGUUUACAUGGACGUAUCGAUUGAUGGUGAAAAAAUAGGACGCAUUACCAUUGGCAUGUUCGGUGAGGAAGCCCCAAAAACGGUAGCCAACUUCCGCCAGCUCUGUACGAAGGAUGUGGAUGGGUUUAGCUACAAGGGUAGCCGGUUCCAUCGGGUCAUCCAGAAGUUUAUGAUACAGGGUGGUGAUGUUGUUUCAGGCGAUGGUCAUGGAGCGAUCAGUAUGUAUGGUAAAUAUUUCGACGAUGAAAAUUUGAAAAUCAACCAUACCUGUUCGGGUUUCAUUGCGAUGGCAAAUCGAGGCCCCAAUACGAAUGGAUGCCAAUUCUACAUUACCACCAUGCCGGCACCUUGGCUAGACGGGAAACACACCAUCUUUGGUAAGGUGCUCGAUGGUCAGGGUGUGGUACAUAAAGUGGAACAAGUGCGAACGGACACGGAUGACUACCCAGUGAAACCGGUCAUCAUUGACGAUUGUGGUGAUCUUCCGAUCCUAGGAUCAUUUACCGUUUCAGAUGAUCCUUACGACUUGUGGGCCUGGAUCAAAGCUGCGUACCUUCCCCUUGGUAUGUCAUUUUCUAUUCUAGCGUUCUUCCAGUACAUUAUUCGUAAAUUGGAUGGUUAUACGAAUCGUGAAGCAUUGCGCAACGCAGAACUUGCCAAAAAUGAUUAAAUAAGGUUUUAAAAUAAAAACAACAUAAAAUUUUAAUAAACAA